GCACCUCUCACCCUUUCCCACACCCAAAUCCCUCAUUCCCAUCCCAGAACCAGCACCUUCUGUCUCAACACCAGGAGCGUGAGUGAGGCCUGGAGACAGCAAAUGAUGGAGAGGAGGGGAACAGAGAGGGUAGGGCCUCAAGGAAGGGAUCAGAUCUUGGGGAACGGAUGGGGUAGAUAUUGGCUUGCCCUGACAUUUAAAAAGUGAUCUUGGGUAUAAAAAGGUUGGAGACCACUGCUCUAGUACAACACUGAACCACCUCUGAAUUCCACAGAUGACAGGCAUUUACACAUUUGUGAUGAAUGGGGAAAGGAGGAGAAACAAAAUUAUCACUCACCGUAUUGUGACACAGAUUGAAUCAGUUUUUCUGAAAUGUUUAAAAAAAAAUCAGUCUGAGGCUGAUCUGGGCAUUGAGACAUUUCUGUCCAACCACCUGAAAUUUGCUAAAAUUUUAAGUAACUGAAAAAGUCUCUUAAUGAAAAGUGCUUGGCCACAUUCACCUUCAUUGUUGCUCAAAGCUCUACUGGUAAAGAAACGAAAAGAGCACAGGUCCAUUCUUUUAAAAGCAGUGCCCACUCUUCAGUGCUUCUAACACAGAAAGAAAAAAAAGUUUGUUUGAACCCAAACAUUGCAGCCCGCUGCUAUUGUGUAAACUAGAAAAUGAAACUCUAAUUGCUUUGUUUGCUUUUUCCUUUCGCACGCUACAAAAAGCACCCAUGGUAAAAAAGAAAUUGGGCUAAAAUAGUUGUAAUAACCUGCUUCCUCAUUUAACACCACUAGAUUGUAACUUGAUAAACUAGGAGAGAGAGAGAAAUACACAGCAUAGGGACAGGAUGAUCUUUGCCUUGGGUCCCUUAGCUUAGCAGCUUAGUGGGUAAGAGAUGGGGGGAGAUGUCAUGUGACCACUAGCUUUUUUUUUUUUGGUCCUGAUCCCUAUGGCUAGAAUAAUACGUUGCUGGGACCAAUCACAGGGCAGCCUUCUGUUGUGCCAGCUUUAUAAAUGGUGGCAGCUACCACUCCCCAGCUUCACACGCAAGACGAGAGGCGAUUGUAUCACUGCUGGAACAGCUCCUCCCCUCCCUGCUGCUCCUGCAUGUGUGAUUGAGUGAGAGACACUGCCUAUUGCUACACCCGUUUCCCACACUCAGAGCAUGGCAUAGACUCUCUGCAUCGAAGGGGGAAUGGAGUUUUAAUGCACAGAUCAAAUCAGGGUCUGUGUGUUCAGGGUGGGUUUAAAGUGCUAUGUGAGUUCAAAGUUCACAGUUCAGUUACCCACCCCUCCCCAAAAAAAGUGCAGUAGUUUUUGAAAUGCAAGAUGGCGACGAGGCAGUAGGAGGAGGAGGUACAGACACAGGCUGAGUAGGAGAGAGGCAGAGAGCUGCACUUCACGAUUAGGAUGCACAGAAAUAGAGAUCCAAAGCAGUGUCAAUAAACCACAUACUUUGAAAAGAGGUUCUGUGCUUCUGAAAGGGAUCAGAACACCUGCAAGUAGUGAAUACUAACUGUUGGUUUCUCAACUUUGAAUCACCUGUUUAUUGAACUGAAUUACUUGAAUAAACUAAAAUGAAGAAAAUAGUCAUGCUGAACCAGCAGAAGAGGAUACUCUUGUCAAAAGCUGAUUUAGCACUUCACACACCUGUCUUAAGUGCUUAGCCAGUGACUUCCAGCAGUGCAGUGGUUUGGCUUUAAAAUUUCAGCAGCAAACAGGUGGUGGAAAUGGACCUUAAGAAAUUGUGACUCAACAUUUUAUCCUUCAACUACAAAGUUGUUGUUUUUUUAACCUGUUUGCACUACAAAAAAAGCUGCUAAUGGGAUAAAUGUUGAGACAUUUCAAGAUUUGACUUGAAGAACCAAAAGCCAUUAUUAAAAAUCAAGAAGAGCUUGAACUUACAUCACGAUCAUUCAGUCAAUAUUUCCUCAAAACACCACAAUGGCAAGUAAACGAAAAUCCACUACCCCAUGCAUGGUCCUAGCAAGUGAGCAGGAUCCUGACUUGGAAAUGAUAUCAGACUUGGAUGAAGGACCUCCUUUACUUACACCAGCAGAGAAUGCUACAGUGGAGAGUAUAUCAAGUGAUGAAGACAUUCAAGAAUAUAUGGAUUCAGACAAUCAGCAAAAUAAAAAAGUCGAAGGUGGCUAUGAAUGUAAAUACUGUACAUUUCAGACGCCUGAUUUAAAUAUGUUCACUUUUCAUGUGGAUUCAGAACACCCUAACGUAGUACUAAAUUCAUCCUAUGUUUGUGUGGAAUGCAAUUUUCUUACCAAAAGGUAUGAUGCUCUUUCAGAGCACAAUCUGAAGUACCACCCCGGAGAAGAGAAUUUUAAACUUACCAUGGUGAAACGGAAUAAUCAGACAAUCUUUGAGCAAACGGUGAAUGAUCUCACUUUCGAUGGGAGUUUUGUGAAAGAGGAGAAUGCUGAGCUAUCCAACAUCUCAGAGAUCCCCUCCUCAGGAAUCUCAAUUAGCAAAACUCCUAUUAUGAAAAUGAUGAAAAACAAAACUGAGGCAAAACGAAUUGCUGUUUUCCACAAUGUAGCUGAAGACAUUCCUAGUGAAGAAAAGGAAUCUGAACAUGAGCCAGACUGCGAAGAAGUUGUCGAAAACCCACAAUCAGCAGUUUCUGAGGCCAGAAUGAACAAUCCAGCUGCUUGCAGUACAGCUGAUACAACUAACACAGUAAUAACUCCAGCGCCAGUGAUUCAACCUGGGGUGGCACAGGUAAUAACUGCUGUCACGGCUCCACAGAACUCGAACUUGAUUCCAAAAGUCUUAAUACCUGUAAACAGCAUUCCAACCUACAACACUGCUUUGGAUAACAACCCUCUUCUGCUCAACACCUAUAACAAAUUUCCCUAUCCAACCCUGUCAGAAAUCACAGUUCUCUCUGCUCAAGCUAAAUAUACUGAGGAACAGAUUAAAAUAUGGUUUUCUGCCCAACGUCUGAAACAUGGAGUGAGCUGGACGCCAGAAGAAGUGGAAGAAGCUAGGAGGAAGCAGUUUAAUGGCACUGUGCAUACUGUGCCACAGACAAUUACGGUUAUUCCAGCACACAUUUCAGCAGCUAGCAACGGUUUGCCAUCUAUCUUGCAGACAUGCCAAAUAGUUGGUCAGCCAGGUCUUGUCCUCACUCAAGUCGCAGGCACAAACACAUUACCAGUCACAGCCCCUAUAGCUUUGACAGUAGCAGGGGUCCCAAAUCAAACACAGUUACAGAAGAGCCAGAUCCAUACCGCCCAACCUGUUGCAGAAACAAAGCAAGUCGCUGCCAUUCCAGCCCCUCAGCUUAUCAAACACGAAACCACGUUAGUAAAUCCGGAUUCAUUUGGCCUCCGUUCCAAGAAGACGAAAGAACAACUGGCAGAAUUAAAAGUCAGCUACCUUAAAAAUCAGUUCCCGCAUGAUUCGGAGAUUAGUAGGCUUAUGAAAAUAACAAGUCUGACCAAAGGAGAAAUCAAAAAGUGGUUCAGUGAUACACGAUACAACCAGCGAAACUCAAAAAAUAAUCAUGGCAUUCAUCUCAACGAUUCUUCCACCACAAUUAUUAUUGAUUCAAGUGAUGAAACGAAUGAGUCCCCAACAUUAGUCACACCGCAGCAUAAGCAGUCAUGGAAUGCUUUCCCUGAUUUCACCCCACAGAAAUUCAAAGAAAAGACCGCUGAGCAGUUGCACAAUCUCCAAGCGAGUUUUCUCAACAACCCAGUCCUGACAGAUGAAGAGUUGAAUAGGUUAAGGGCACAAACUAAACUGACCAGGAGAGAGAUCAAUGCCUGGUUUACAGAGAGAAAGAAAACCGAUGCUUUAAAGGAAGAAGAAGCUGAGGUAAAAGAGAGCAAUGAAAGCAGUUCAAAAGAUGAGGCUGGAGAAAACUCUCAGGGAGAGGGAUCUGUUGGGGUAAAGUCAGGGGGUUCUACGAGCAAGAUGGGUAAAAAGUCACCAGAGCAGUUACACAUGCUUAAAAGUUCAUUUGUCCGCACUCAGUGGCCAACCCCACAAGAAUACGACAAGCUGGCAGAAGAAACUGGACUUCCGAGAUCGGACAUUGUUAGCUGGUUUGGGGAUACUCGCUAUGCCUGGAAAAAUGGUGGUUUGAAAUGGUACUAUUACUACCAGAGUGCCAGUGGGAAUUGUAUGAAUGGUCAAGGCUUUGUCAGAAGGAGGGGGAGAGGAAGACCAAAAGGGAGGGGAAGAGGAAGGCCUCGUGGUCGGCCUCGGGGAAGCAAAAGGAUAAACAACUGGGACAGAGGACCGUCCGUCAUCAAAUUCAAAACUGGAACAGCAAUCCUAAAGGAUUAUUAUAUGAAGCAUAAAUUUCUCAAUGAACAAGACCUUGAUGAACUUGUAGCCAAAUCUCAUAUGGGAUAUGAGCAGGUCAGAGAGUGGUUUGCAGAAAGGCAGAGAAGAUCAGAACUAGGCAUAGAGCUGUUUGAGGAGAAUGAGGAUGAAGAAGAAAUGCUGGAAGAUCAGGAAGAGGAGGAAGAAACAGAUGAUAGUGACACUUGGGAACCCCCCCGACAUGUUAAGCGUAAACUCUCGAAAUCAGAUUGACAUGUAAGUUUUGGGCUUGGGGCAAAACAGCCCAUAGAUUAUAUCUCAACAUUUUUGGGAUGAGCCAAAUAGUUUUUAAUGCCUAGUAUGUUCCCUCUACCUGAAAGAGUGGACAAGAUGUAUUUGUGCAGCCACCAAAAAUUUGCUUCCUGGCUAGCAGAGAUGGACAUGUUCAGUGCUAGCCCAGGGCAUAUUCUACUCCUCCUCCACUGCUGAGGGCUCAUCAUUUAAGUGACAUUUUAUACAUAUUUAAUUGCCUUGUGUUUAAUUCCAAAAAACACAGUUGCAUUUUUCAUUGUUGUAGAAGAACAUUACCCGCUCUUGGAGGAGGAAAAUACAAAAACCUAAAACGUCUGUUUGCAAACCUCACUUCACCUCUAAGGCUCAGAGCUUGGGGUAUAUGUUUUUUAAAGGAAAAAAUUCAAAAACAAAAAAAAAGGGGGAACAGUGUGACAAAAGAAUCACAGGGGUGAGGAUUACAUGGUUUUAGAAACUAGGUGAAAUAAGUGUCAUAUUUUUCCAAGUGUUUCAAGUUUACAGAACUUGUGCUGAAAAUAUCUUUAUCGUGAGUCAGUUUCAAUUUAGAACUAUAAGAUGUUUUCAUUUAACAUAAUCAGUAUAUCCAGAAAUCCAUUCUACAUCCAUUUAAUUUAAAUUCAUGGUAGAUCUGAUGCGAUCCAUAUCAGCAUUCAUUUUGUGCUUACACAUUUGCUCUUAUGUUGGAAAAUGGUAACAUAAAAGUCCUUGAAAUCAAAUGCUAUAUUCUGAAAAAAGUAAAUGUGAAGACAAGUUAGGAAAGUUGCUUUUAAAACUGUUCAGAAUCACCUGCUUGAUUUGGACACAAAGACCUGAAAAGACAAGGCAGAGAUUAAAAGCAUCUGCAAAUUUACGGAAUACUAGGAAAAACCCUUUAUUUUUUUAAAGUAGCUGUAUCAGAGCCCCAGUGUUUAAUUCCUAUUGAAAAUUAAAACAUGACUACUAUUGCUUCUUAGUCUUUGGGGGUAACAAAUGAUAUGUAUACACAUCUCAUUUUUCAUCUCUAAUGGCAACCCAGCUGAACAAUUUGCAUGCAAUAUUAACCAAACUUCAUCCGGAAGGAUUCAGCCCAUCAGUGUGAUAAUCACUUCUAUGAAUGUGUAGGGCAAUAAAACUACAUGGUCAAGUAUUCUGGUUUAAAUUCAAAAUUUGAUCUACCUGGACUGAACUCAGGAAGUGUUUGAAUCUGACAGGGAAUGUCUUCUGAAUCUUAAAUAUUAAUUUCUCUAAAAAUCAACUAGUUGGUUCCCUCCCCCAAAAAACCCAAACAAACCCCUCAACAGUGCUUGAACGGCCUGCUUUAAAACAAUGGGCUAAAUUCACUAAACACCACUCAAGAAGGUGCCUCAGUAAGGAUAGGCAGGCAGUCAGUGUUUCUCUUAGAAGAAGCAAUAACUUAAAAUUCCACUGGGUCUUCCACCAUGGAGAGGAGAUGCUGAAACAACAUUCCUGGCCUGCUGGCCAAUACUGUCAACUUUUGGGUGAUAUUAGUCCCCUACAAAAACAUCCUAUCAUCACACACAUCUUUCCCUUUGUGCCUUCUCUCCAGUGGGCACCGUGUUUUUAAGGAUCUGUAGAGAGGGCAGCUUGUAAACCUCAGACACAUCUAUCCCAGUAUUUCUGCACCUUCAGGAACCCAGUUCAUAACUCCUGGGGCUGUCUCCUUCCUCACAGAGAUAAAUAGUGACAAAAUAUCAAUCACAUGUGCUCUGACCAUGAGCUUCUGAAGCUGUGGAGACCAUAGUAGCAGUAGCUCUUACAAAGCAUGCUCUCUCUGUUUCUCUGAUUAUUGUUGACACCCAGAUCAAACAAAAAAGGACAAAAUAUUUUUUGUCUGAGGUGAAAAACCUGUCAUUGACUAUUUUUGUUUAACUUGUGCUCCCUCUCCAGAUGUAUCUGCAGCCACCUGAGCUUUCAGGAGGAUGUUCUAUCUGAAAUUUCAAAGCGUGUUACUAAGUGUGUUUUCCUUGACUGAUCAAUAUUGCGGAUACAUUUUCAGGCAGUGCGUUUUAACAUAUGUUGCAGGAUUAAAUUUUGGAAGCAUCAGGUGGCUUAAGGAACCAGAACAGAGCUCCAAAAGUCCAGCAAUGUGAUUGAUCUUUUGUUGGUGCCUGUCAUUAUGAGGGUGAACUAUAACCUUUUUAACCUGAACUGGAGUACUGAGAAAUGUAAUUAAGUUAAAACUUUGUGGGGAGUACACGAAUGUUUCCAAUGGAGUCCAUGACUCUGCAUAUAUGCUGUUUAACAGAUCUGUAUCUGGCCUAUUCUUUUUGGGCUUCAACAUCUAAAAGUGUCUUGGUGAUUAACAAAUACUCUUGUUAGGUUGUUGCUGAUAUAGAUGAGGCUGUUAAAGCUAGAAAAAUAAUAUUUCAUUAAAGUCACAUUAAUAUCAAUCUCUAUUGCAAAUGCAGGGUCAAAAAUUAGCCUUUUCCCAAAGGGAAGCAACAAAACCAGUAUGGAGAGAGACACUAUUUUUAAGCUUCCAAGAAUAUUAAUAUAAAUCCUGGAAUUCUUUGGCACUGUCUUACUAAUAUGCGAAAUUUGGACUUUCCUUAAUAUUUAGGAGCGUCCUGAAGUUUAGCUUUUACUUUUAGCAUUGUUAAAAUAAACUUUCCUGUUUUUCUUAA